AUGCAACUCUCUCAAUCGUUUGCCGCCUUGGCGGUGCUGCUGGUGUGCGCCUCGUCUGCAUUCGGCGCGAUCGUCACCGACGCCAGCAGCCUGUCGGGCCAGAGCUACGACUACAUCAUCGUGGGCGGAGGUCUCGCUGGCCUCACCGUCGCCAACCGCCUCUCGGCCAACUUCAAUACAUCAGUGCUCGUCAUCGAAGCAGGAAACGACGACCGCAACAACCCGGAUGUGUACAACGUGGACAACUACGGCAAGGCGUUCGGCACCGAGCUCACCUGGCACUUUACCACGGUCCCGCAGAUCGGUGGGCGCACCAAGGCGCCUCUUGGCGGUAAGACGCUCGGUGGCUCGACGAGCAUCAAUGGUGCGGCGUGGAACCGCGCCUCGCGCGCGCAAUACGAUGCACUCGGCGGUCUUGUUGGCAGUUCGGGGUGGAGCUGGGACAGCCUGCUGGGGUACAUGAAGAAGAGCGAGAACUUUAUCGCGCCGAACUCGGCACAGCAGGGUGCGGGGGCCCGCUACGACGCAAGCGUGCACGGGAGCGGGGGACCUUUGGAGAUCGCCUUUUCGCAGAUCCGCAACCAGCGCCGUUCGGGAGGGGCAUCGCAGGAGUGGAGACGAAUGUACACCGGCCCGCAACAGGCGGCGUUCAUCGCGGCGAUCGGCGAGACGCUGGGCGUGCAAAAGGUAGACGACCAGUGCUCGGGCAGUGCCAACUCGGUCGCCUACACGCCCAACUCGAUCGGCACCAACGCAAGGCGGACCAGCUCGGCUUCGGCGUACUACACGCCGGUGCAGAACCGCGAGAAUCUCACGGUGCUUACGGGCACCCGUGCUCGCAACAUGCUCUGGGGCACACAGUCUUCCUCGGGACUGAGCAGUUCGGGGGUGGUGGUGCAGCAGUCGCACGAUGGCAAUCUGGUCACGCUCAACGCCAAGCGCGAGGUGGUGCUGGCUGCUGGAGCGCUGAAUACGCCGACGCUGCUGCAGCGCAGCGGUGUGGGCGCCAAGGCUGAUCUGGACUCGAUCGGCGUCGACCAGAAACUCGCACUGGACGGCGUGGGCAAGAACCUGCAAGAUCAAACCAUGACCACACUCGGUUCGCGCGCCAACGUCAACUACAACGGCGGUGGCCCCUCGGCCGCGAUUGGAAUGCCUAACGUCCACCAGGUCUUUUCCAAUGCCACGGCCGUGCGCGGCUACAUCUCGUCCAACCUGGACAGCUGGGCCGACACGCUCGUCUCGGCCGGCCACGUUGCGAGCAAAUCGGGCCUGCUUGCACAGUGGAACAGCGCGGUGUCACUGAUCUUUGACCAGGCCGCACCGAUCGUCGAGAUGUUCUUCGAUACCGGCUACCCGGCCAAUUCGUACGGCAUCGACCUCUGGACGUUGCUGCCCUUUUCGCGCGGCUCGGUGCGUGCGACGUCGGGCAACCCGUUCGAUGCGCCGCGCGUGGAUCCCAACUACUUUGGUCUGCCCAUCGACAUGGAUAUGCAGGUGCAGUCGCUGCGUGCCGCCCGACGCGUGCUCAAGAACUCGCACCUCAAGAGUCUCACGUACAACGGCGAAACCACGCCCGGCUUCGGGCUGAUUCCCGAUGGUCCGAACUCGGGGUCGUAUGCAAAGUGGCGUGCCUGGAUCCUGGGUACGCUCCAGGGAGGCGGAUCGGGCUUCUCGGCGGUGAGCCACCAGUUGGGGACGGCGGCUAUGGCGCCCAAGCAAAACGGCGGCGUGGUGGAUGGAAACUUCAAGGUGUACGGCACGACCAACGUGCGCGUCGUCGAUGCGAGCGUCGUUCCGGUGCAGCUCUCCGCCCAUCUCAGCGCAUCGCUCUACGGCGUAGCUGAAAAGGCAGCCGACGCCAUCCUGUCCAAAUAG